CGCCGGUUGGUAGCGGGAUCGUUGUUAGUCGCAGCGGGACCACGUAUGGUGGCGGUCGGCGAGUAGAAACGCGAACGCCCAGGCAGACGAGGACGGAAGCGAAUCGCGAGCGAUCUCGAGGGCGGCAGAGAGACACUGAGAGCAAAACAGAAGAGGAAGACGGAGGGACGGAGCGAGAGGACAAGGAGGGUGGAUAGAACGGGCGUUCCGGUGUACGCGACGACGGUGCGGUUGCACGCGACACGCCGUCGCUCGAUUCCCGGCGGCAAGUAGAGAGAGCGAGAGAGCGAGAGAGGAAAGCCUCCGCUCUGCCAUCAUCGUGCGCUGAUCCGGUGCGUGGGUCCGCUAGCGUGUGUGUGUGUGUGCAUAUUCUGUCGUGCGCGCGUGUGUACCUACGUCGUACGUCGUCGUCGAGUGUCGCGGUCAAGUAGGUGGACGCACGUCGUCGCCGUCGUCGUCCACUGCCACCAACGGCUUGUCGUUCGGUCGGUCAGUUCCGUUUUGUGCCUAACCUUUCCGUGCCGCGACGACGAGGGAAGAGACGCGCGCCGCGAUCGAGACGAGGCGAGCGCGCAGCAGCGACCGAGAGAGAGAGAUAGGAGUGCCAGCCGAGGAAGAGCAAACGCGGGAGGAGACAGCAGCAGCAGCAGCGGCGUCAGCGUCGACGGACGAGGAGGCGACGGAGGAGGAGGGGGAGGAGGCAGCAGCGGUGGUGGUGGUGGUGGUGGCGGGGGAGGAGGAGAAGACGGUGGUGCGGACUGCCGGAUUUGUUUUUUUUGCACGACGCUGGAGCAAAACGGCCUCAAGCUGUGGGGCUCUGGGGCAUUUUUCCUUCCUCCGCAAGGGAUGUACUACCCUCACAUGGUGCAGACAGGGAUGGCUGCGCCCUAUGGUGGGGGUGUCUUUCCCCCUCCGGUGAACGGGGUCGCGGGCGUCGUAGGGGCGGCUGGUGCAGCUGGUGAUGUUAAACCUCCACCACCGGUUCCAGUGAAGGAGGAGAACGCUGGUGCGCCUCAGCAAGCACCCCCGGCCGGUGGGCCUCAGGUACCGCCCGCGGCGGGCGCGCCUCAUCCCUCAGCCCCCGGCGCACCGACCGCGGCCAGCUUUAGUCCGCCACCGCCCCCGAACGGCGUCGAUCAACAGGCCAUCUCGGAGGUGUUCCAGGCCGCGGUGGCUGGAAUGGCGGCGGCAGCCGCAGCUGCGGGUGGCGGUGGCCAGCAACCUGUUCCGACACCAGGCGCCGGUAACGAGACCAACCCCGAAGGCGGAGUGGAGGCUGCCACGUUGGCACCUGUCACCUCAGGCGCGACGACACCCGCAACGGCGACACAGGGCACCGACCUCAAAGGUCAACCAAAGCGCUUGCACGUCAGCAACAUACCUUUCCGCUUCCGAGACCCUGACCUCAGGGCGAUGUUCGGGCAAUUCGGGCCAAUCCUCGAUGUGGAAAUCAUAUUUAAUGAAAGGGGGAGCAAGGGAUUCGGUUUUGUAACAUUCGCAAAUAGUGCUGACGCGGACCGGGCACGUGAGAGGCUACACGGCACCGUGGUUGAGGGCAGAAAGAUUGAGGUGAACAACGCAACAGCCAGGGUACAGACGAAAAAACCGCCGACGGUGCCGAACGUGUGCGUGCAGUGGCCAGAGGCGGCAGCACUUAGAGGAGUCGCCAUACAACGUGGCAGAGUUGGCGCGGCGAGAGCGGCUUUCCCGACUGGCGCGGCCGCUCUGGCACUCGCCAGGAAUCCGACACCGCUCGCAGCCGCAGCUGCAGCCGCUACGGCCCUUCAUCCCUUCGCACCUACCGUUUACUACGACCCCUUCCUCGCGGCGCAUGCAGCAACACAGGAUCCCAACUACAGGUUGCAGCUGGAAUGGCCUCAAGCAACAGCUGACGCCGCGGCAGCAGCGGCUGCAGCGUCACCCUUGUUGAAGACUCCUUUGUCGACGGCACAGCAGGCCACAUAUGCAGCUGCAGCGACAUACACAGCGGUAGCUGCGCGCGCAUACGGCGCAGCUGCAGCUGCGGCACAACCGGUCGCAGGAUAUGCCGCAGUCGCGGGUUACGGGCGUGAAUACGCCGACCCUUACCUCGGACAUGGCAUUGGACCUGUAGCGGGAUACGGGGCAACCGUUUACAGAGGAGGCUACAACAGGUUCACGCCAUACUAAAUGGACUGUAGGCAGCGAAGCGCGAGAGAGCCUUCCAAGUUACGCACCGUUAUACUCAGCAGAAGACAUGACCAGAGACACACAAAGUCGACGCAGUCGUCACCGUCAUUUCACCAUCAUCGAGAUUACCAUCCGCGAGGCGACGCGAUGGACCCUUCUACGCUUGCUGGCGCACACCGGUUUCAUCGGCCACCAGUUCAGCUGCGGCGCAACAUCACCGCGAACGACUGAAGAAACGAGCGAGGCCUUUCACUGGCCGUUGACAUCGAGAUCGUCCGUGCAACGCGAGGUUGCUGCGAAGCACCGUCUUAGCUCUUGCACGGAGCCUCGUGAGGCUUAAACUUUAUUCGCGUAACAACGAGAUCGGUCUGCAAACCCAGCGGUAGAACCGGGGCCUGCCGCGUCGAAGUGUCGAGUCGUGCUCGACGGAAAGUCGCCUCCUGCCACUGUUUCCCCGCGAAAGCGGCGACGUUGCGCGUUAUCGAGCUCGUCGCGGGCGUCUGCCUAGUUGCAUCUCCAUGUGACUUGUUCCCUGAAUAAAUUGUUGUAACAGAAAAUUCGAAAAGAAUCCACAAUGCUCGUCGCGGUUCUCGAAUUCUCGAAUUCUCACCGGAAGACUCUUUUCGAUCAUGUAUCAUGAACGAGCGCGUUUGUUCUCACGUUCGCAGCAGCGGUAGCUAGCGGCAUGCUCAUCUCGAGCGUUUUAAUCGAUCCUCGCGAAAGAUUCGACGAGCGGUCGAGCGAAAUGCGAGGCAGAGCUGUAUCUCCUUCCUGUUCGUAGUUUCUAUGAAGUUCCAUUACGGCGAAGUUGCGAUGUUAUCUCCGAUACGAUGCAUGAUUCAUGCACAUUCGCUGAACUUGUAAUAUAGCUGUGCAUUCGUCGCGAUUGUUCCCAUUCGAGACGGCGCGGCGCAGCGCAGCGUUGCGGUGCGAUUCGUUGUGUUCGUAGUCUUAAACGGAAAAUUAGUGGAUAGUUUCCCGGAUUCUCAAUGCCGAGCGGCAAUUGUUCGAAAAAAAAAAAAAAAAAAACGUUUCACGUAAAUAUCGUAGGACGUAAAGUGUCACACGUGUUUUCACUUUUAGGAAACGAUGAAUUUAUAAAUAAUCCAGUCGACUUUAAUAACGCGUAGAUUGCAGACUGCGCGAACGCGAUGGCAGUAGGUAGCUGACACUGACGGCGAUAUCGAGAUGAGCAAAUGCGCGACCGCUGGAUGAACAAUCGUCCAACGAGCACGACGUGAUCUUGCCGCGAUCGUGACGCGCGCGUAUAAACGGCAAGAGGCAUUCCCUCUGCCGUGGCGGCACUGCAUUUGGCGACGUCCGGUCGACACGAGCCGACACAUGGUGGUGAUUCAGAAAAAGCGAAACCUUUAGGUAGCUAGUUAAAAAAAAAAAAAAAACAAGAAGCUGAAGAUCUAGAAUGAAACAAAGGCAUCCAUGUGACCGGUAGGGUUCCUAUGCCAAAUAUGUGUGUGAAUAUGCGCUUUUGCGCGCGCGUGUGUAUGCGUAGAUUUGCGAACCAAACUUCGUUCUCUUUGUAAACUAGAGACUUAGUGGACGGACGGAAGAGGACAGGGAGAAGAACCGCCUAGACCGCACUCUGCAACGUACAACGCCGGAUUAACGACUCCAAAGAUCUGUGUUUCUCAAGUUUUACAUUGUUCAGAUUAGGAUUAGGGCCUCGCGACGCGUGUCCAACCUGACAGUACCGCCAUAUGUCGCGCAAUGAUUUACAAGUGAAAAGGCAAAUCGCGCGUUUCAUUUUUUCUCUUCGAAGGAUAUCCAAAUCUGAGUCAUUACCGCUUAUAUAUCUCAGCUGAACAAUCGAACGGACAUGACAGCUUUCUCAUGUAAUAGAAUAGACGUUAAGCAGCGUAAUUGAGCGCAGAAUCUCGCAACGGAUGCCGACGGACGAAAGUACAGUAAUAGUACGUAGAUAAAAAUAGAUUUGUAGAUUGUAACGCAACCGUGCGGCCUCUGUAGGCCGCGCAUCGCUCUCUCACACGCGAGACUGUUCGCGAUUUGCUAUUUAUCGGAUCGCUUUAGUGACCGACAGCAAGCAAUAUUAACGUGACGUUGCAUACUCAGCAGGUCCUUCCGGUUCUUCGACGUCGAAGAGACGCGCGCGCGCGCGUGCGUCUGUAAAACGUCGCCUGUAAAAACGAACUCGUCUUCUCGUCACGAAGGAUGAUCAAGGCUCGGCCGAACGGCCGAUCCUGUUGUAGCGAAAUGCAUCGAGCGAUCGAGAACGUCGGACUACGAGCAGACACUUUGCACCGAGAAUUCCGCGAGAAAUGAUAUCUCUCCGUCGCUUUCUUACCUUUCUGAUUUCACACGUGCAGUCUGUGAUGUCGCUAUAGGGUGUACUGAUACACGUUAGAUACAUAUGAUCUACUCACUCCUACGUUACGUUUAAGCCUUUACAGUUUUACGGAAAUCAUUUGCUGAGACGCACACUGACUGUUUUGAUAUAGAUAUAACUUUUUUUCUUCGCGAUAUCGUAUCAGCGUAUUAUAUUCGUAGGAAUAGUUGAUCGUUACGAACAAGCUGUCCUCAAGGUUUGCCGUCACUCCGUCUUUCUAUCCAGACCGACGUUCUCGAUGUCGUCGUCUUUCUUUCUCGUGACACUCAAUAUCUGCUUCCUUGAUCGAGUGGAUACAUCGGUACGCUGUACAAGAAGUAAGAGGUACUCCGGUUUAAACGGAGUAAAACGCGAAAGGGAAAAUGGUACGCACACUGAGUUGAAUGAGUGAUAUAUCUGUUAAAUUAAUAGUUAAGCGAAGAUUUAUCGUAUAUUGCAUACGUAAGGGUAGUAUACGUUGCGUACGACGGGAACGUGCAGCGGAACUGCGGUGCUGCAGCCGAAGAGCGGAAAGUAAAAGUAGGAGAGGAGAGGCGAGAGAUAGAGCGAUGGAGAAGAGGGAGGAUGGACAAGGACAUAACAAGUGUGAAAUAGCCAAAUAUGACAGAUGUUUUAGCAAGUACGGCGGGUAGUUUGGCCGUCGUUACGUUUUAAUCUUAAUCUUCGGCUAGGAUAUUAGGCUUAAGGCUCUUUAGGACUCGAGGACGCUCGGGGCAGGACGACAACCGUUCUUCUUUCGCGAGCGUCGCGUACGUGUACAUAGAAUCAACUCUAGAUUUUGUCGAGCACAAAGAUCGUGGAGGAAGCGUGCCGAGGAGAAAACGCACUUUUAGGAACCACCAUAAAGAAAAACCAACCACACCCAACCCAACCCCCCCAAGACAUACUCAUGAUUCUCGUAACGUUAAAUCAAUCAACGUAGAGAUUAAUUAAUUAAUUGAUUGUAUGCAGUAAAUACAAUACGUAAAGCCGGAUCGUCGAAGAAUUCUCGUCGAGAAUUGCGGGAACGAAAAGCGAGUCGGGCUUCUGUCUCGCGUCGAGCAACGUAACGGCCGGUAUCCGAAGAAAGGAAAAGGUCUCUUGUCGCGAAUACGGCAAAUCCGUUCGCGACGAAUCGUCGGUUUUCUUGUAUAGGUACACACGUCCUUCCGCGUGAAAGACGGCACAAGGAACUCUUCGCGUACGAAUCUCAACGGCGGAAAUAUCGAGAAAUAUGGGAAUACGUGUUUGGUGAAGAGAUAGAGAGAUUUUUCGCAGCCGCGUCUUCCGCGAGGGAAACGCGGCACGUGCACGAGCGAUCCUGCGCGAGGUUUAUCUCCCUGUAUAUUGUACACUGUAAUUACAAUUUAUACUUACUCGUAAUCGAUACUUUUAUCGGUAGGCUAUUACUACUACUAGUGGCUAGCGUUUAAAUAAGUCAAGCUCAAAUUAGGGCGGACGGGAGGACCGCGCGCGAGGGAAACACUCCCUCACUCCCGCGGGUUCGUCGCGUCCCAUCAUCGUCACAAAUGCACAACUUCCUCCUACGAUUUUCCCCUCUUUAUGCGCGUUUACUGUUGCGACAGGCCUAUCGUACAAGAUGUUCAUAGACUCUAGAGGCUAAAUCAGCUCUCUCCCUCCCUCCCUCCCUCAUUCAUUCUCCUCUUACAUCUCCUCAGUUUUCUUAAUUUUUUUCCUUUAGAAGAAUCGUUGAUGUUCUUCGCUCUGAGGCGACUGUCAAAUUUUCUUUAUCAUUGUAUCGGACAAAAAAAGGAUCAUUCAUAUGGUUCCAUGGAGAAUCCUUUCGACUGUUGAAAGCACUGUUGUUCUACGAAGAACACUGCGACAUAUCUAGAUGAUAAUAUAAUUUACGAAAAGAUUUAAUAGCUUUCCCAUCAAAUUUCUGCACGUUUACGUAUUCUUAUGUCCCGAACUAUCCCAUCUCAUUAUUAUCAUUAUUACUUUCAGUCUCCGAUCUUUCGCCAAGCGUACCUGCUCCUCUAGGUUGAAUUGCUCAUUCUUAAACCGUUUUAGAUCCGUACCUUACAUCUUAAUUUGUAAAAUUUGAUAUAAUAUACUCUCUUUACAUUUUUCUCACUUAUUAUAUUAGUCAUUUAAAAAAAGUUUACUACAUAAAAACAUAUAUUUUACUUUUAGAGUUAUAUGAGAUUAUUUGAGUCAAUAUAUACAAAUAGGAAUUAUAAUAUACAUGUGGAUUACAAGCUUUUUUAAUUUGUCUUCAAAAGAACACUGUAAUGCAUUUUUUCAAAUAUAACAAUAUAAUGAAAUAAAAAUGCAAAGUAUCUGUAAUAUUACAAAAUUAUUAUGCAAGUAUGAAUCACUAAUACAGAUCAAAAUGGUUUAAAAAAAGCUCUUCAACUCGGACAAGAGUCGAAAAGCUGGUUGGGAGAGCCGGAGCUCCUAACUACCGACAAUUGAUUUACCCUCGUCGAAUAACGAGAUCCAGAGCUAGUGGGGAUCGCGCAGUGUAACAUAACUCAAUGAUACGCACCGUACGUUAUACGUAUAAUUACUAAUUAACGAUAAAAAAAAGUACCGUAAAGGAAUUUUUAAAUGAGUCUAGAUGAAUACAUGACUACGUAAUGACACAUCUUACAAGCAACAUAUCCUAGGUAUUUGGUGCAGGGCGCUGCCAGGGGAUCCUCGGGCCGUCGUGGGGAUCACGUCCGUCACGAGGAGGAGUACGUAAUCCCCUUCGACCGGAUGUCUCUAAAACAACGUCUCGGAAAGUGUGUCUCGAACCGAAUCGGCAUCGACAUCGUCGGCAGCGCUGUGCCGUUUUCGAAUUAUUCGCAAGAAAAAUAAACGAGGGAUGUUCCAUGACAUUAGGGCGUUAUUAUUAAUAAUAUUUCUAGCGACGCGUGUAUGUGUGCGUGUGUGUAAAGUUUAAUGUAACUGUACGUAUGAUACGCAUGUGUGUAUGCAUGCAUGCAUGCAUACGUGCGUGCGUGCGUGCGUGUGCAAUGGCGAAGAAUGAGCGAAGAAGCUCGUACCCUUUCCACGGAUCGGUGAAAUCAAGAGCACGAAUUAAUUAUCGUUGUUUAAGGUAGCACGAAGACAAAAUGACAAAAUGAAAAAUAAUGCCCAGUGAGACGUUGGGAUCACUAGGAAAACUAAAACAAGCUAAUCGCCACCUGUUUUUUCGCUUCUCUCGUAUUGUAAAGAAAAAAAAAAUAAAGGAUGGUAAGAAUCCGCGAAAUCCGCAAGGGGGAACGCCGUUGAUGUCCUCUGUGCCCCGUUGCGGAUUUUCCCUCUCAUACGCGCAUAAAGCGAUCCAUACCGCCGCCGCGGGCUGAAACCGCGGUGGCGCGCUCGCAAGAAAUUAACGGUGAAAGAAUAAAAAAAAAGGUAACAGAGCGGAAGUGCAAGAGAGCAAGAAUAUAUGAUCAACUCGAUGAAUUUUAUUUGCGGAAUAUUGCGAUAGGAAUAUGAGGUGUGACUCGCGACACCCUUAUCAUUGUCUGAUUUGAUGAUAUUUUGUAAGUCUGGACCAGUUGUUAGGUUCUUAUUAAUCUCAUAGCGACUUCUUAUGGCGUAUUUUCUCUGUAUAUUGUCAAUGUUUAUUAUUAAAUAUUUUUCAAAUAAA